AUGCAAAACAUCGCACGCCAUGCUGGUAUUGCUCUUUACUUUGUGGACUCCAAAGUUUAUGCCAAAAAACGACAUGAUGUGGUUCGAACGAUUGAACCGGAAUCAGGUCCUUGGGGUGAAUUUACUGAUAUGGUUUAUUGUGAUGCAAAUACGUGGGCAAUUGGUUUUCGGCAACGUGUAGAGAAACCAUGUGAUAAUUGUGAUGAUACUGCUUUGAAUGCAUUAGAAUUAUUGUGUGGAAAGAAAGAUGGAACUCCUGUUAAGUCAAUUACAUCACACAAAGGUUUUUGGGGUGAUUGGGGUGGCAAUGUUCGUUGUCCUGGAAAAAAUAACUUUUUGAAAGGUGUUUCAUUCAAAAUUGAAGAACCUCAAGAAACAGGUGAUGAUACAGCUGCAAAUGAUUGUCAAUUUGCAUGCUCUCAAUCAUCUAAUAUUUUCGAAUCGAAUGGUGAUCCAUGGGGCAACUGGAAACAGAUGAAAUAUUGUCCUCCAUCAACAGCUAUCUGUGGAUUUUCACUAAAAUUAGAAAAUAUACAGCACGAGGGAGAUUAUACAGCCGUAAAUGGAGCAAAAUUCGACUGUUGUACUUUAUGA